AUGGGAGACAAUGCUACACAUUACCACAUCUCAUCCUUCUUCCUGAUUGGUAUUCCUGGUUUGCAAGAUUUUCACUGCUGGAUUGGCAUCCCUGUCUUCCUCCUGUUUGUCCUGACCCUGCUGGGGAACAGUGUAAUCAUUGUUACUGUCAAGCUAGAACCAAGCCUCCAGCAGCCUAUGUAUUUUUUCCUUUGCAUGCUGGCAGUGAAUGACAUGGCUCUUGCCUCUUCCACAGCACCCAAAAUGCUUGGAAUCUUCUGGUUUGAUGCUCACAGGGUUGUCUUUAAUAUCUGCCUAGCACAAAUGUAUUUCAUCCACACAUUUUGCAUUAUUGAGUCAGCCCUUCUUGUUGCCAUGGCCUUUGACCGCUUUGUAGCUAUUUGUAUCCCACUGCGUUAUACAACCAUCCUGACGACACCAGUGGUUGUUAAAGUGGGUGCCAUUGGUGUAAUUCGAGCUAUCCUAAUGGUUUUGCCCUCUCCUCUUCUUAUUAAGAGGCUACCGUAUUACACCAAAUAUGUCAUCAAUCACGCAUAUUGUGAGCACAUGGCUGUGGUGAAGUUGGCCAGCGCCAAUACCUUCAUUAACAGAGCAUAUGGAAUCUCUGUGGCCCUUUCAGUGGUGAUAUUGGACCUAGGGCUCAUUGCCACGUCCUAUAUCAAAAUCCUUCAGGCAGUCUUUCGUCUUUCUUCGCAGAAUGCCCGCUCUAAAGCACUGGGCACCUGUGCUGCCCAUGUCUGCACUAUUCUUGUCUUCUAUAUGCCUGCACUUUUUAGCUUCCUAACUCACCGCAUUGGCAAGAAGGUACCUCCAAGUAUCCACAUAAUUUUUGCAAGUUUGUACCUUCUAGUUCCCCCCACAGUCAAUCCCCUGGUAUAUGGUGUCAAGACCAAGCAGAUUAGAGACCAAGUGAUGGGUCUGUUUUUCUCAAAGAAAAAGAUUUCUAGUAAGUAA